AAAAACACCGUGACUUACAAGAUAUGGCAUUAAGAAAUGACGGUAACAGCCAGCCUGCUCACAGCUUUGCUUUACAGCGCAGGCGACGGACACGACGCAAGAAAGGCGUCCACGCAGAUCGUUUACAGCCGUAUGAAGGCUACAAGUUUACAUCUGAAUCGGAGGCACUCCUUCAAGCACUCGUCACGAUGAACGGCAACCAGUGGAUCAAAACUGCUAAAAUCUUCAACCGGCUUCACCGCGUGCUAGCAAAAGAUGUGCGUAGGCAGUGCGAGUACCGAUUUGUGGAGCCAGCCAAUUGGCCUGCUCAUUUUAGCUUUCCGGUACCGUUUUCCCCUGAGGACCAUGCACUCAUUGACAUUUUGGUGAUGAUUCAUGGCACUGAUUGGCGAAAGGUUGCUAAAAAGUUCAAUGAGGUCCAUUGGGUCCCCGCAGCGACCCUUCGAACUCACUGGAAGCUAACCAGGCAUAGGGACGAAUAACUUGCGCUCCAAAUCACAAAACCUGCCACCGCAAAUUGGACAAGUGCUGG